AUACUGCUAAUACUAAUACUAUGUAAUUGCUCAAAUACGUUGUACAUUGAUUUUGAUUUUGGUUUCCUAGACUACAAAAAUCGUAUAUGCAAACAAUGAAAAUUGCGAGCAUCGUAUGUUUGAACGAAUUGACCAUCCAUCUUGGAUAUCCAAUUGAUUUGGACAUUGAUUAUCUCAUAUCUCAGAAUUUAAUUUGUUCGUGUUAAUGUUGUUGAUUGUGUAAAAACACAUCAUCACCAUCAUCAUAUGUGACAACAACAUACAUCAACAGAGACCGUGAGCUAUAAUCGUAGUCAUCAUUUUGGGAGAGAAAAUUUCGAGGCCGACAACACUCAAAACACAUCAAAGUGACAAAAGUUUUUGCCUCACUAAUAGAGUAGUAUUCACGAAUAUGGAUGAUUUGGAUUCGUUACUACAGGAUUUGGAGCGAGCCACAUCCACAUUGAAGACGCAUCCGAUUGGCGGUAGUGGCGGUGGGACGUGGAAGCUGAGCAAACCGCAUGAUCCGACAAUAUCUUCACAACCAGCUUACAGUACAGCCAAAGUGGCCAAACACUACAGUCCCCAGUAUUACGUUAACGACGAGCCUCUGUACCAGAAUGAACAAAUGUUAGCCAGAGGAUCAGCCGAUCACGAUUAUGCACCGAUAAAUGGACGCAAUGGUACAUCACCCAUCUAUGAAGGUAUCUAUUCAACGACAACGACGACGACCACCAAGAACAACCAUAAUCAACCAAAUUCGACCGAUGGCGAUGUUGAUGUCAUAACGGAAAAGAUCAGCAUGAUUAACAAUUUGCUUGAUGAUUUGGAUGCAGCCCGUUUGAGCUAUGAACUCAAUGGUAGCAAAGCAUCAGCCGAAUCCGGUCGCCACGGCCACCACCACAAUAGAAGCUUGGAACGGCAAGCCAAUUCCAAUGCAGCCAUAACGAACGGUGCUACCAGUCCUUAUCUGACGAAUGGCAACGCUUCUCGCCAACAAAGAGAACGUUCGACCGACAGUGAUCAGGUGAAUGAUUUGAUUAGAAAUCUGGAGUACAAUCUGCAAAACGCAACAACUUCCCCAUCAUCAUCAUCUUCAGCAUACAACAAACCUAGCAUUAAUGGUGGUGUUGGAGGCACUACGACAGUCAUGUAUGACGACGGCGGUAAUCGGCCACAACAAGCUCGAAUUGAGCCCGUUUCCGAAUACAAUCGACAAUUGGUGAAUAUCACACCACAGAAAGCUCAGAUGAAUGAGAAUCCAGUGAUUCAAGUUCCGUUACCAUCUGGCGGUCACGGUCCUGUAUCGCAUGCAACCCGCGAACUUGACGAUUUGAUGGCCUCAUUGUCCGACUUUAAGCUCAACCAGAUCAAAACGACGGCCACCACCAACAAAGCCAACUACAUGGCAUUGGGAAAGAUUCAGGUGCCCAACAAAGGAUAUGCGCCAAUUCUAAGCGCUGAUUUGGAUUCAAUGAUUGGCAAUCUAGAGAUUGACCUCAACAAACAAGGUGUGUCCACUGCGACCAAAGGUGAUUGUCAAGCUUGUGGUCGUGCUAUCAUCGGUCAAGUGGUUACCGCUUUGGGCACUACAUGGCAUCCAGAACAUUUUGUUUGUGCCAAAUGUCAACAACAACUCGGUGAUAGCACCUUUUUCGAACGAGAUGGUGUUGCCUAUUGUGAACAGGAUUAUCACCGUUUGUUUUCGCCCAAGUGCCAUUAUUGCAAUAAACCCAUCUAUGAUAGAUGUAUCACUGCAUUGGAUAAAACCUGGCAUCCGGAACACUUUUGUUGUUCGCAUUGCGGCAAGAAUUUCGGUGAUGAAGGCUAUCAUGAAAAGGCCGGUAAUGCUUACUGUCGAGAAGAUUUUUUCAAACUAUUCGCGCCGAAAUGUUCGGGUUGUGCCAAACCGAUCGAGGACAAUUAUGUAACCGCAUUGGGAGGCCAAUGGCAUCAGGAUUGUUUUGUAUGCCGGGACUGCAAAUCGCCAUUUACCGAGGGCAAAAGUUAUUUCGAUUUUGAGGGACGACCUUACUGUGAACCACAUUAUCACGACAAACGAGGUAACCUGUGUGCAUCAUGUCGUCAGCCGAUCACGGGCCGUUGUAUAACAGCCAUGUUCCAGAAGUAUCACCCGGAACAUUUUACCUGUUCGUUUUGCCUGAAACAAUUGAACAAAGGAACCUUCAAAAAGCACAACGAAAAGCCUUAUUGCCAUUCGUGCUUUGAUAAACUAUUUGCCUGACAUUGUUUGCCCCCUUCCUUUUCCAAUUAGGAUCACGAUAUAACAGAAUGACUCAUACACACACACAUAAAGCCCUUUAACAAUAAAUAAUAACCGAGUAAGUGAACAACACUAUGAA